GGGCUGCCCCGCAGGGACCGGGCGGGACGGGACCGGACCGGGCCGAGCCAAGCCAAGCCAGGCCAGGCCAGGCCAGGCCAGCGGCUGGAGCCGCCGCGGGGCUGGGGGCACCGGACACCGCACCUGGGCGGCCGUAGUCACCUAAACGUAUGGGCACAGUCUGGGCUGUAAAGCAUACAAUAAAGAAAAACAAUGAAGGACUAUCUUGAAAAUCCCACAGAAAAGGACCUCUCCAAUGCAGAAUCUGCAAGCAAGGGAUAUGACAACCCUUCUUUUCAACACGAUGAAAAUCUUGAAGAAAGUGACCAGUUAAAGCCCAAGAAAAAUAAGAAGGAAAAUGAGAAGAUUGACAAGAAGGCGGUUGGCAUUUUUGAACUGUUUCACUACGCUGAUUGGGUAGACAUCCUUUUGAUGGUGGUUGGUUUGAUCGCAGCUGCUACAAAUGGUACUGGAUUGCCGCUUAUGAUAAUUAUCUUUGGAGACAUGAUUGUGCUAAGCGGUGUAAGACCAAAUGUGUCAGAAGAUACUUCAGUAAAUAGUUCCAGCUGUCCAUCAAUUCCAAGCAUAGAUAUAGAAGCUGAAAUGACCAAGUUUGCUUACUACUACGUGGGAAUUGGAUUUGCUGUGUUGGUCCUGAGUAUGAUCCAAGUGUGGACGUUUUUGAUUGCAGCUACGAGGCAGACAGCCAGGAUCCGGCAGAAGUUCUUUUUUGCAGUACUCCAUCAGGAGAUGGCUUGGUUUGAUACUACCCAGAUAGGAGCCUUGAACACUAGACUGACAGAUGACAUCAACACCAUCCACGAAGGCAUCGGAGACAAGAUCUGUAUCUUUGUACAGUUUUUUUCCACAUUUCUGACAGGGAUUAUUAUAGGAUUCGUCCACGGGUGGAAGCUGACGCUGGUGAUUUUGUCAGUCAGCCCUCUGCUUGCUGUGUCAGCAGCAGUUUGGUCAACUCUCCUGGCAUCCCUUACUGCUAAAGAGUUGUCUGCUUAUGCCAAAGCUGGAGCUGUGGCAGAAGAAAUUUUGACAGCGAUCAGGACUGUUGUGGCUUUCAAUGGACAGCAGAAAGCAUUAGCAAAAUAUGAUGCUAACUUAGACAUGGCUAGAAGUGUUGGAGUGAAAAAAUCCAUUACCACAAAUACAUCUCUGGGUGUUUCACAAUUUCUUAUCUUUGGAUCUUAUGCGCUUGCAUUUUGGUAUGGAACUAAGCUCACUGUUGAGGAGAAAGAAAACUAUGACAUUGGUAACGUGUUAAUUGUGUUCUUCUCUGUGAUUGUCGGAGCCUUCUCCCUGGGCCAGGCAGCUCCCAACCUGGAGAGUGUUGCUAAGGCACGUGGGGCUGCCUAUGAAAUAUAUCAGAUUAUCGACAAGAAACGGCUUAUAGAUAGCAGUUCUAAGGAAGGCUACAAACCAGACAAGCUCAUAGGAGAAAUUGAAUUCAGAAACAUCCAUUUCAGUUACCCAUCCAGACCUGAUGUUAAAAUCCUCAGAGGUCUAAAUUUGAAAGUUCAAGCUGGGAAGACCAUUGCUUUAGUUGGUGCCAGUGGUUGUGGAAAAAGCACUACUGUUCAGUUGCUGCAGAGAUUCUAUGAUCCUGUCCAGGGAGAAAUUACCUUAGAUGGUCAGGAUAUUCGGGCACUUAAUGUAAAGUGGCUACGAGAAAAUAUUGGUAUUGUGAGCCAGGAGCCUGUUUUGUUUGCAACAACAAUAGCCGAGAACAUUCGCUAUGGCCGAGAAGACAUUUCUGAUGCUGAAAUUGAGCAAGCAGCCAAGGAAGCCAAUGCUUUUGACUUUAUAUCUAAACUGCCUGAUAAAUUUAACACAAUGGUAGGGGAAAGAGGGGCUCAGCUGAGUGGUGGACAGAAGCAGCGAAUAGCUAUUGCCCGUGCCCUGGCAAAAAAUCCCAAGAUUCUUCUGCUGGAUGAAGCUACAUCUGCACUAGAUACUCAGAGUGAAUCCAUAGUGCAAGCAGCUCUUGAUAAGGCUCGGACUGGCCGUACGACUAUCGUGGUUGCUCACAGACUGUCUACCAUUAGGACUGCUGACACUAUUGCUGGAUUUGAGAAAGGUGUCGUGGUUGAACAAGGAACACACAGUGAACUCAUGUUGCAGAAGGGACUCUACUAUUCUCUUGUAACACAACAGAGUUCUAGCAAUAAUCUUGAAGAGGGUGAGACAUCAGAAGAAACUGAAGACACAGAGGCUGAGGAAUAUGAGGAAAAUAACAUAAAUGAACUUGUGGAGGAGCUGACCCUUCAAGAUAAUUUUGAAGAAUCAGUGAUCCCCAGAAAAGGCAGCAUUCGAAGAAGAUCCAGCAGACACAAGAGCAAGAGGCGCUCUUCUAAGAAAAAACCCUCUAGAAAAAAGGAAAAAAAAGAGUUGGAGGAAGAAAAUCUCCCUGCUGUGCCUUACUCAAGAAUCCUGGCUCUGAACAAGCCUGAGUGGCUGUAUGUACUGCUGGGAGUGAUUGCUGCUGCCAUCUCAGGUGGAGUCCAUCCUGCAUUUGCUGUUGUAUUUGGAAAAAUCAUUGGGGCUUUUCAAGAAACAGAUCCAGAAAAGAGGAGUAAAAACACUGUGGUGCUUUCUUUAAUGUUUCUUUUACUUGGAGUGAUUAUCUUAGCAGCAUACAUAAUCCAAGGAUUCAUGUUUGGGAAGUCUGGGGAAUUACUAACAAUGAGACUUCGCUCUUUGUCCUUCAAAGCAUUACUUCAGCAGGAGAUUGCAUGGUAUGAUGAUCAGAAAAACGCUGUUGGUGUUCUGCUGACUCGGCUUGCCACAGAUGCUUCCCAAGUCAAAGGGGCAACUGGAAGUCGACUUGGACUGAUGACUAUGACUGUCUGUACCCUUCUGACUGCCAUCAUUAUUGCUUUCAUAUACGGCUGGCAGUUGACUUUGCUUAUCCUGGCCUGCAUUCCUUUCGUUAUUGCUACAAAUGCUGCGAGUGUUAGCGCUGUGUCUGGUCAUGCUGCCAAGGAUCAAAAAGCUUUGGAAGAGGCUGGAAGAAUUUCAACAGAAUCAGUUGGAAACAUAAGAACUGUAGCUUCGCUGGCCAAGGAAGAACUAUUUUAUGAAAGAUAUGUUGCAAGUUUGAAUGGUCCAUAUAGAGAUUCUCUGACAAAAGCUCCUUUAUAUGGAUUUACCUAUGGAGUAGCUCAAAGUGCAAACUACUUUGUUAAUGCAGCAGUCUUCAGAUUUGGGGCAUGGCUCAUCGCCCGUUGUCUGACCAACUUUGAGAAUGUAUUUAUAGUCUUCUCUUCCGUCAUAUUUGCAGCUAUGAAUGUUGGUCAAUCUGCUUCCCUGGCACCAGAUUAUGGCAAGUCUAGAAUGUCAGCUCAAAGAAUCUUUCAACUUUUGGACAGAAAACCUCUAAUUGACAGUUAUAGUGAAGAAGGUGAAAAAUUGGGCAAUUUUGAAGGCAACAUUGAAUUCAGAAACAUCCAUUUUGUAUAUCCAACAAGGCCAGAAGUUCAGGUUUUGCAAGGACUCAAUGUGAAGGUUAACAAAGGACAGACUCUGGCGUUAGUAGGAGGCAGCGGCUGUGGCAAAAGCACAUCCAUUCAGCUCUUGGAGAGAUUUUAUGACCCAUUGGAAGGACAAGUGUUGGCAGAUGGAUUUGAUACCAGAUCUUUGCAGUUACAAUGGCUGAGGUCCAGAUUGGGCCUGGUGUCACAGGAGCCCAUUUUGUUUGACUGCAGCAUUGCUGAAAAUAUUCGCUAUGGAGACAACAGUAGGGUGGUUAGUCAGGAGGAAGUUGAAGAAGCAGCUAAAGCAGCUAACAUUCAUUCCUUCAUUGAAAAACUGCCAGAGAAAUAUAAUACCCGAGUGGGUGAGAAAGGAACACAACUUUCUGGAGGUCAAAAACAAAGAAUAGCAAUUGCCCGUGCUCUGGUUCGUAAUCCUGCUGUUUUGCUUCUUGAUGAAGCUACUUCUGCUCUUGACACAGAAAGUGAAAAGAUCGUCCAGAAAGCUCUGGAUAAUGCCCGGCAAGGUCGAACUUGCAUCGUUAUUGCUCACCGCCUGACAACCGUACAGACUGCAGACAUCAUUGCAGUGAUCCAGAACGGCAGGGUGAUUGAGCAGGGCACCCACAGCCAGUUACUGGCAAAGGAAGGACAAUACUAUGCCCUUGUAAAUGCACAAGUCUCUAAUUAGCACUGUUUGCACAUUUUUUUACUUUUUUAUUUUCUGGGAAGACACAAGAAGCUUACAGAGAAUUAAUGUUGGCUGUGUCUGUGCUGAUGGAGCAGGGACUGUGCGUUGCAGCCUGGUUGCUGUAGCCAGUGUAGCCUUUGCCUCACACACCCAUGGGGAUGAGCAGUGCAUGCCUGUGGGUGGGUUAUGGAAGGUGCACGGUGGACUCCCAGGGCCUGAAUCUGCUGGGUAGUAGUGGGGGUUGUAUGAUUUGGAGGGAACGAGACCUGAAGUAGUCUCAUCCACACCAUGGCUGAAGUGGGUCACCCUGUUCUUGCUGUUCCCCCAAACCCUGGCCCAUAUCAUGUGCCAUAGAUCAAGGCAGUACCAGAGUAUGACAGUGGUUAAGCACCAUGGAUAAGCACUGGGAUGGUGCUUGUGCUUGCCCCUUGAAUUUCUUCACCAGCCAGAUGCAGCCAUAAAGUCAUCUUAAUUAAAGAUGACUGUCAUUCUUACUGACUGCUGAGGUUCCAGAUAAAGGCAUUUGUAUUAAAUUUAGAGAUAACAGGUUACAUGUGAGGGCUUGUUGGGCUUUUUCCCCACUUUUGCUACAUUUCUAAUAUUACUGUGCUUCACACAUUUCUUGGAGAUCCAAUAUUCUAUUUCAGACAAUAAUUGUAAUAGGUACAAGCUUUCCAUAUACAGAUAAAGUGACAUAAAAUAUAUCAUUAUUUUAUUUAGUAUUUUUUUAUUGCUGACCUAACAGAUUUUAAUCAGUCUUUGCAUUCAUCAGGGUAAUUUCAAAAGUCCUGCAGGACAGUUAGAAUGGCGUCUUUUGGAGUGGACUCAUGUCAGCCAUAUGAAUAACUUUUCUUCAAAAAAAUAAAAAUAAAAGUGAUUUUCAAUAUGAGUCCUUUAUUUUGAAUUAAUAUAGUGCUUAGAGACAUAGUUUAGUGGUGGACUUGGUAGUGUUAGGUUAUUAGUUGGAUCUGAUGAUCUUAAGGGUCUUUUCCAACCUAAGUGACUCUAUGAAUAAUUUUAAACACUGUUUGAAGUGUUGGCAAAACUUGUUUACACAUGUGCUUUAAUAAUUGGUUAUUCCUCAGGGUGCUGCAAUACAUCCUUCAACAGUUGAAGAAUAUGUGCUGUGUAGUCAGAGUGACUCAGCAGCUGUUUUUUUUCUCUUUGGCUGGAUAAACCCAAUGGCAGCAUUUUAAUUUUCCAAGGCUUUGCACGUGGCUUUGGGUUAGGAUUUACGGCUUGAAGUACUUUAUAACUUCCAGAUAACUCUGCUCAAUUGUAGCAGACGAAACUUACAGUAAUGACUAUCUCCUUCGCUCAUUUCAAUUGUUUUCCGGCAUCAGGAUCCAUGAGGGGAAUAAAACACACAAAAGAAAACAAAUUCUGGUCUCAGCUUUGCCAAAAUAAAUACAGUUGCUCUCCCUCACAGUUUUUUCUCAGGGAUUUUUACAAGAGAAGUUAUCACUCAUUCAGCCACCCCUUUUGCACGACCUCUUCACUUUCUCAUGAUAGGCAGAUACUGCAGGAGACGCUGCCCUGAUUACAUUCCAAAUUAUCCAAUGUAGGCUUCGAUUAAUUCCUUUUCCCUGUUUUAUUUCUGCACUGGAGUUAAAAUUACAAGCAGCACAGUGUGAUUCUCAGUUUUUAAAAUAAAAUAUCUUCCAUUUUAAUCCAGAAAUCUUUCGGGGAAAGAAAGAGUUAUUUUGUACUUUUGGGUUAGAUGUAUAUAUGGUUUUCAUUACAGUUGUGGUGAAUAAUAUAUCUUUAUAAUAUUACAAUUCAUUACAAUCUAUUGAAGUAACAAUUAAGACAAAGUAAAAAUGGGAAAUUGAUUUAAAUAGAGAUGGUUGCUAAGCUAAGGCUCUGUAACAUAAUGAAUCACCUAACAUCUGGGGCUGGUUAAUGGAGCAUCUGUGGAAAACACUGUAUUCACAUCCAUGAAGAUAAUGAAGAUGAAUCCAAAAUGUGCAUCCUUCCCAACAGCUUGGAAUUAUUUACUAGCACAGGGGCAAAAGGGGUGAGGAAAUAUGCACCAUUUGACCUGGAAGGUGCUGAAAGAGCUGUAGCAUGGUCAGCCUAGAAAAAUAAGUUCUAUGACUUGUGUUUCCCCUCAUUUGCUCUUUCAGAGGUUAACAUUACCUACCAUGGUGUGGCAGAUGGCAAUCCCCCUCCUUUGCAGCACGGCACUUCUCUCUCUUCCUCUGCUAUUUGAGGCUAACAGCUUCUUUUGUCUGGCCCAGAGCACCCUGGCUCCUGGGACAUUAGAAGAAGGGAGUGCCAAGGCACACUGGGCCGCGCCCAGUGUGGGGGAUGUUUGAGGGCUUCAGGGGCACCCACACUCAGUGUGGGGGGUGCAGAGAAGCUUAUACAAUGCCUACAGUCAGGUCUGAUCAGAUAACAAAACGGGACUCUCGUCGAGACUCCGCCCAUUGCCGCGGGUCUCUUGGAGCACGAGCUUAGCCACUGCCGCCACGAGAGUCCCCCUCCCCGGGAUGGAGACUCCACUUGCCUCGCCGCCACGGUGUAAGUAAAACUUCUCGCAGGAUUGCGAGUAUAUUUUCUUUCCGUGCACACUUGCACAAGUACUUUAUUUCCUCGCACAAUCGCGAGUGGCCGCCGAGAGCCCCUCGCACAAUCGCGAGUAUAUUUUCCUCCCGUGCUUCCACAUAAGCACGUGUAGGAUUCCGUGCACAUUUGCACGUGUAAAAUAACUCUCGCAGGACUGCGAGCGUAUUAUAAAUUUACUCUCGCGACAUCGCGAGUGCACACUUUCCGUACUCACUGCGAGUACGUGUAUCUCUAUAAAAAUAAUCCCACACCGUGCUUAGGCUAGUGUGUACUCCUCCGGGACUCGGGGACGGCUCGGGCACUGUUUUGGUGAAGCCACGUGCAUGCACUCUGUGGACCUCCUGUUGUAUUAGUGGCUGCCCCUCUCAAUAAUUUCCUCCACUGAUAUCCGAACCUGUAUUUAAGUCACAUUCGGAGUGCUAAAACCCUGUGCCUUGCUGGUCUAAUAAAAGUUGGUUUUGGACCUUGUGGUCCCUAAAAUUGA